GAUACGCAGAAAUUGGUGUUGAAUAUCGAACGGUUUGCGGUGCCCGAGGUGUUAUUCAAUCCAUCGGAUAUUGGAGUGCAGCAGAUGGGGGUGGCUGAGGCGAUAGCCGCAUCGAUCAAUAAAUGCCCGAAAGUUAAUUUUUGGAGACUUGAGAAAGAUUUGGGGGAGUGGAAAAGUUGUAGUUUGGUGUUUGGUGUUUGA